CGGCCCGCGGGGCGAGCCAAUGGCGGCAUGGCACUCGGCAGUUGGCGUCGCAAGGAGAUUUAAACGAUAUCGUUGGUGUAUCAUGUCGAGGAACAUAUAAAUAAAAAACGUGAAUCGCAAAUGUUUCAUCUUCGUUAUGAGAAUUAAAAGGAUAAAUCGCGUUGUAAAUGGUUACUGGCAAAGUGGUAACACGCUUGCUAUCGUUACCUUCUCGAAGACCCGCCUAAUGCAUUAAUGCAUUAACGCCUAACUCUUUAAUGCAUCAAAUGAUAACAAAAUCGAAAAAUACAUUUUGUUUUUUGAGUUUUGGUACUUUUUCAUAAUUAUCAAUUAUUAUCAAUUAGUAGAUGGAUUCAGAUUUGAAAGAUUUAGAUCUUCGUGGAAUAGUUGAGAUCCAACCGUCGGCUACUGAGAAGGAAAUUAAAACGACACAUCAGCAGAAUGCUCUACAAUGUCAUCCAGAUGAAAUUCCCGAUAAUUCUAAAGCAGCUCGAUCGUUUUCGACGUUAUAUAAACUAUUAACUAUUCUUGAAGACAUAGGAACUCGAUUAGAUAAUCUCAAGAAACUAAAUGCUAAAACUGCUGAAGAAACGCAAGAAAUAAGAUGUGAUUUGAAAAGAAAGAAACAAGAUAAAGUGGAACGCAAAUCCAAGAAAGAACUGAAGCAUUUAAAAAAAGAAUAUUUAUAUCUACUUGCAACUGUAAGAACCCGCAUGAAUAAGCUGCUUAAGAAUCAAGCAAUUGAUAAAAAAAGGAUCGGUUCAUUCAAAUUAAAAGUAAAGUGGAUGGCAAACGGAGUGUAUAAUAAAGAUAAUUUAAUGUCACUGUUUUCUAAGUAUGGACACGUAAUAAAUGUUGUGGUUCUGGAAGACAAAAGUGUUGCUUUAGUUGAGUACAAAUUGAAGACUUCUGCUAUAAAUGCCAAACAAUUUGAAGUUGGUUAUCCAAAUUGUCCUCUAACUGUGAGUUUUCUUGGAGAUUACGGACAAGAUAUAAAAAAAAAUUCAAAUUAUACUUCUGCUCCAAAUCCUAGUACUAGCUUUUCUGCUUAUCAAAAUUCAAAUGACAAGUCAUACUGAAGAUUCUUCAAAAACAUUAUCAUUUGCUCAAGCUUUUUUGGAUUAUUUUGUACUCAAGAGACUUUUACAAGCUGGUAAACCUCAACAAAAAAAUAAUAAUUCAAACAAUAUAAAUACAGAAUAACCUAGGGUAGUAGGAAAAGUCAACAGAUUUGAUUUACAUAAUUAUUAUUAAUAAUUGUAUGGUUAUUAUUUUCAUAUUAUGUAAACAUUAUGUAUAAAUUAUUUUUUAUUCUACCUUUAUUGACAUUACAAAGUAAAGGAUGUCCACCUAAUGAUUAGAAAAAAAUAUACUUAAUGAUAUGAAA